AUGGACUCGGUCACGCGUGCCUGGUCGCACUGGAAGAUGGAAUACGAACGUGGCUGGGAGACGAUGCCGUUCGCGCGUGCCAUCCGCGAGGGCCGGCGGCGCUUCUCGCACGACGACACCAAGAUGCCCGGCCACCACCGCGUCUUCAGCAACGUCGAGGACGGCUUCUACGGCAAGCAGGUGGAGUGUGCUUACAGGCCCUUCCCACGCGAGCCGAUCCUACUACUCCUCUCCCAGGCGCUGAACGACGACCCGAGGCAGGUCCUCGGCCAGGUGUAUCGGUUGCUGGGCGUCGAGGACACCAGUGCCCGACAGCUUCCUCGUCAGUUGAAUCCAGCUAAGUCGUUUGACUACGGGCGCACGAUCGAUGUAGAGGACGUCCGCUACCCCCGCGCCGUCUUCCAGAAAAAUUGCACAUCUGUUUGGAUCGUUGAUCGGCCUCGACGCGAGCACUUGGACAGGCGGCACGUCUUCCGCCAUUUCCUGGCCGAAUUGCAUCUGUGA